AAUUUUCGGCUGGUGAAGCAAAAAGCUCGGUUUCGGGGGAGAGGUUCUUUUUUCUCUCCUACAACACAUCAACUUUUGAUACCCCAAUCCUAUCAAACAACACAAAAAAAUUCAUUUGCCCUUAAACAACCUGCCUUCAUAAAUAAGAAGAUAUGGGGGGCAAAUCUGCGAACAAGGCCGGCUACUUCGACAAGCUCAAGGGCUUGCUCGAGGAGUACAAGUCCAUCUUCAUCGUCACCGUCGACAAUGUCAGCUCUCAGCAGAUGCACGAGAUCAGACAGUCCCUCCGUGGACAGGGUGUCGUCUUGAUGGGAAAGAACACCAUGGUUCGCCGUGCCCUCAAGACCUUCAUCCCCGACUCCCCCGAGUACGAGCGUCUCCUGCCCUUCGUUAAGGGCAACGUUGGUUUCGUCUUCACCAACGCCGACCUGAAGGAUAUCCGUGACAAGAUCCUCGCCAACAAGGUCGCCGCCCCCGCCCGUGCUGGCGCCGUCGCUCCCUCCGAUGUCUGGAUUCCCGCUGGCAACACCGGCAUGGAGCCCGGCAAGACUUCUUUCUUCCAGGCCCUCGGUGUCCCCACCAAGAUUGCUCGUGGUACCAUUGAAAUCGUGUCGGACCUGAAGCUUGUUGAGGCCAACAACAAGGUCGGCCCCUCCGAGGCCACCCUCCUCAACAUGCUCAACAUCUCUCCCUUCACCUACGGCAUGGGUAUCGCUCAGGUCUACGACCAGGGCAACGCUUUCCCCGCCGAUGUCCUCGACAUCGGUGAGGAGCAGCUCCUCAAGGCCUUCAGCGGUGCUGUCACCACCAUCGCCGCCCUCUCUCUGGCCAUCAACUUCCCUACUCUGCCCUCCGUUAUCCACUCCUUCUUCAACGGCUACAAGAACGUUCUCGCUAUCGCCAUCGAGACCGAGAUCUCGUGGCCCGAGAUUGAGGCUCUCAAGGACCGCAUCGCCAACCCCGAUGCCUACGCCGCUGCCGCUCCCGUUGCCGCUGCUGGUGGUGCUGCCGAGACCAAGGAGGAGGAGAAGGAGGCCGAGAAGUCCGACGAGGAGUCUGAUGAGGAUGGCGGCUUCGGCGGUCUCUUCGACUAAAUUUGACGGGAAAUCGGUGAUGUUGCGGCUACUAUCUGGGCUACGAACAGGUUUACGACGAACGUGGAUCUUUAAGGCUUCAUAGAUGG